GCAUAACUGCGAGUACUCCGUAUUGAGUUAUUGAGUAGGAUUGUUUCAUCGACAUUCACGAUAGACCCUCUGGACCGAUGAUCGGCACCAUUAUUUCCAAGUAUUUUCAGCCGAGGAAAUACUGACAGUGACAAUGAUGUUGAUGUUGAUGUUUGUUGACAUUUCCGGACUACGUUCAGCAUGACGUCACCUGCCAGCGAUGAUGUAGGUGGACAUAUAUAUAUACCUAGGUAUAUAUAUACUGGUAGCUGCUCGCCUGGCAAAACAUGGAAUUAAUACUCCAUACCAGCUCAAGAUUUUAUAUUGAUUGAUACCAUUUUCUCCCGAUCAAGAACGGCUCAGCUUAUAAAAAUCCCACAAUGACAUCUACUCAGCAGGGACCCCACUCUACCAGCUUGGGAAACAAGCUCGAUCCUCGAGUCGAUAGCUCAACAGGUACCACAACCUCCACCGGUGAUGCAGCGAGCACGAGUUCUUACCAACAUGGUCCAGCAUCAAGUACCGCCGGACCGCAUUCCUCCAACAUCGCAAACAAGCUGGACCCCCGCGUCGACAGCGACCUGAACAACCGCGCUCAAUAUGCUCCUGGAACGACCACCACCGGCAACGCACAUGAAGGUGCUACCACGCAGGUUUCGAACCCAGCCAGCGCCAACAAUGGACCACAUCCCUCGAGCAUUGAGAACAAGCUGGAUCCUAGAGUGAACAGCAAGACCGGGGAAACAACCACGAAGACCACCAACCAGACGGGUACCGGUGCAAACAGAGCACCUGUCGUUGGAGGAUCAUCUACUGGAGCUCCUUCAGCCCCUCUCCCUACAAGUAGCAACACGAACAACGCCGGAAGUGCAUCCACGGGAUACAACCCGGCCACGGGAACCGGUUACCAAGCAGGAACGGACUCUGCCACGGCGUCCAACAGUUACGGCAAUUCGGGAACCACGACUAAAACGACUGGCACAACCGGUACUACUGACAGUACCGGUACCACAGGAACCAGUGGAAGCAAGACCGGUGGUCUCAAGGGUGCUCUCGCCGGCAUUCAUGGUGUUGGUGAAUCCAUUCGCGGAUCCAUCGGCAAGGCUGUCGAUGAUGCAUUUGGAGAUAAGGAGGGCGUGGCCAAGAACGAGGCUGUCACCCGUGAAGGACAGCGUGAGAUCCAGACUGGCAACUUCGCCGAGUCUACCAAGGCUCGCGAAGGCACGCAGAGACGGUUCUAAACAGUUCGACUUAUGUUUUGACUGAAUAUUUCAAGAAUCCUGUAUAUUAGUGAUGACUUGUAUGACUUUGACGAUUAGGACAGAGAGAUACCACAGGUAAACUGCAAUUGAUUUUCAGGGAUGUUUAGUGCACUGUGCAAGAAGUUGAGGACUAGCUCACUGGUCUCUUGAUACAAUAUUCAGUAUUCUAUCACCGUCGUGUCUUCUGUUAAAUGGAUUUUAAGCACCUCAUUAGUUCG